CUCUGAGCGCCUUUUGAUGCAAGCGCCUAAAUGGUUCAUGGCGCCGUCUGCCCGAGUUCUUCUGUAAACUCGACAGAGUGCGUCGAGCCGCGAGCAGCGCUCUGGUCGUGCUGCGGCCUCGGUGGCUACCACCACAUUGCGCCGGCCGCCUUGUGGCUCGUCUUUCUGAGCCUCACCGCGUGUGCGCAGUACCACUACAACCUCUUCCACGACCUCGACAGCACAGCCGACGAGCUUCACGACAUUCAGACCCAAGCUCUCGGUGUCGUUGUUGCGCGUCGGAAGCGCGUCAUCUUUGGCAAGUCGUACCGAGACCCGCGACGGCUGCUCAUGCUCGGCGCCAUGUGGAGCGAGCUCUUUGGCUUUAGCUACACACCUGGUCAGCUCGUCAUCUACCAACUCACGCAGUCCAACAUUGCGGGUCUCGUGUCUGGUCCUGUCCAGUUUGGCUUGUUUGCCGUUUUCUCCGGCUUGCUCUACCUGCUCGAGGGACCGCGAUGGCUGCGCAAGUGCCACCUCCGUCGACCGAAACUCGGCGGCCCGAUUCUCUACGACAUGUUCUUCAUGACGUUUGCAUAUACCCUCGUCAACGUGGUCGGCUGCACAAACGGUCUUGACUCGGUGGCACUGGGCGACAACGUUACGUGCGCCAGUCCCGAGCGCUACUGGAUGGUCUGCAGUCUCGGCCUCGUCGUCUUUGGGUGCUUCUUCUGGGGAACGCUCAAGUACAAGAAGCAGCUCGCGAGUGAUGUGUACGCGGUGAGCUUUCGCUUCCAAGCGUCGUUUGAUGCUAUGAUGACGUGCACGCGGACGAUCUGCGCCUUGACCGUCAUUACCGUCGAGAAAGCGCUUCUCGUGCUUGACAUGUGGCUCGUCGCCGUGCUUUUCGGUCUUCUGAAUCUGGUUCAUUUUGGCGCACUGCUUCGCUACAACUACAAGUGCCAGCCCUGCCUCGGCGUUGGGCUCGUUCCCAACAACUUGCGUGCGCUGUCGUUUGCCACGUCUUGCUACACGACGCUAGUGUCGCUCGUGAUUUCAAUGCUGCAAAUCGCGCGGCAUCCCGCCGAGGCGGGCACCGCCGAGUGGACAGUUUUCUUCGUCGCCAUUGGACUCUACCCCGCAGUUGCAGUCACUGUGUGGCGCUGGAACCGCCGCCGCGCAGUGCUCUUUCAAGUGCCCAAUCUCAGCCUCCUUGACGCGCUACAGCACGAGAGCGACCGCGUCCGAGCCAUCGCGGCCGUGACCGUCACGCUCGAGACCGCCGAGCGCGACGCCGACACGCUUCAGGCGAUUUUGCUUGCGCUCAAUGACACUUUGUGGCCGCCCGAGGCGGUGUUUGCGCCGGCGUAUGCGUGCCAAGCCAUGUGGUUCCUCUGGUACUCCAACUUUGAUCUGGUCGACCACGUCUCGGAAACUGGUGCAAGCGCAUUUGUACCCUUUGGGUGCUGGGUGCGCUUGUCGCCAGCGCGAACUUGCGCUGGGGGAACAAUCAGUAGCGCCUUCCGCAUCAGUCUCUCGCAAGUGCUGGCAGGGCGGUCUGCAUCGGGCCGUCUCAGCAUCUCGAAUUCAUCUCUUGUCGCGCCCGUGGAUUUAAGCCGACGGUCUCGGAAUCGGCCCUCGCCGGUCGACAGUUCUUCCCUUGUUCAGCUCGUCGAGAAGGCGACGGACCUCGAGCAUACCGUGUGCAUGACGAAUCGAAUUGCUGACAACCCUGCAAUUCGGUCUUGCUUUGAGCACGCGGUCAAGAAACUCGCCGAGCUCUGCAAGUGCAACUGCCGACGCAACCGGCUCCUCGCGAGCAAGGUGCUUCAGGAAAUGUACCAAGCAAGCGUCGUCCGGGUGAGUGCGACCACUUUUUUGCACAUGGCAGCGAAUCUCACCAUCGCCCCGUCACACGCCAAAGCCAUGUCGGCGCUUCGAACCCUGGUGCGGUUUGUCAACGACCGCGAUGAGAUUUGGGCGGCCCGCCAAGUCGCCAACGUCGUGACGUUGCGUCUUCUCAUUGACGCUCUUCUCGUUCACGUUGGCGAUAUCGACUUUGUGACUACGCUGCUAACGUUUCUGAUUGAUCGUCUCGAGACGCUUUUGAGCCUCGGCACCAACGCUCCAAGCGGCGAGGCGUACUUGGAUCGGUCCAUGGUCUCGACUCUGCACGAGCUUUUCGUGGACGUGCCGUCGGGCGCGACGCAGGCGCUCAUCGAUGACCUCUUGAUGACGAUGCAAGAUGUGUGGAACACCCGCCCGUACAGACCACCGGGCGUCAUGCGCCAGCUCUCCAAGACACGCAUCAUGCGCCAGCUCUCCAAGACACACGUUUUGCCGACGGCCAUGACGCGGCUAUCGGAAUCGUCGCAAGCGCUCUUGAGUUUUUCGCAGCUCAAGGUGAUUAAAGACCGCCAGCGCGCGCGCAUGGAUGCGUGGGCCGCUGUCAACGCAGUGCUCGCCGAGGGGUUUUCGAUGCAGCUGCCACUUGCCGCGCUGGCGCCACCGACGCAGCUGAUUGUGGCGUCGCUUCUCGAGCUUUUGAGCACGCGCAGUGAUUUGCUCUCGUACUUGGAGAGCCGCAUGACGAUGCCUGAGUACUGGUACCUCAGUGAUCUCGUUGGGAAAUCGCGACCGCGGAUCGCGAUCGAGUCGACGCACUGCGCAGAGUCGACGUAAAGCAAUUUUUGAGCAAAUUCAACUGAUAUAUUUUCGAAACCAAAAGC